GCCUCCACCACCGCCUCCUUCGGCUUCAUCGUCCUCUCUGACGACGCCACCGCUGCUUCUGAUGCCUUCACACCCGACGACCUCGACGCCGCCGCCUGGCUCAUCCCUAACCCCAAUUUUGGGUCGAAAUUCAUGGACGUCCCUGACAUCAAGUCCAAGGAGAUCUUCUACUCAGAAAUGGACCCCUUCCUCGAUUUCGAUUACUCAAACUCCUUCCACAACAACAACUCCGGAAAUGACAGUGUCGUUCCAGUUCAAACCAAACCUUCCCUCGCUCCUUCCCUCAUCAAUAACCACCAACAAUCAGAAAGUUUUUUCGACAUCGAUUUUUGCCGCACCAAACUCUCCUCCUUUAAUUACCCAUCCCAGUCUCUCAAGCCAAAGCAUGAGUACUACCACCCAGUAACAAAUUUGAAUUUUUGGUCUUCCAGUGAAUUGACUGGAGAAUUGAAUUAUGUAACAGGUUUCGACGUAUACUUUAAAGCGGCUGCAUCUUCAUCUUCACCUCGUGUAGAAUUAGAAUCUGUAUUGUAA